AUGGCCAGAAUCGAUCGCCAGUGGCAAAAGCCAAGGUCCUUCUUCUCUCGUCCACAGCUGGCUCUUCAUCUUGGAUACGAGACAACAGAGAACAUCGCUGAUCCUGUGAUUCUCGCCGACGAUCUCCCUCAAUUGAUCAUUACAGGUUUGGCAGGAGACCUUCGCCCCUCCCUCGCCGAUGAUCCUCCUCCCGUUCCAUCUACCCUCGCAGAAGGCACCAACGAUCUCCAUCGCCCCAAUAUCAUACUCAAUCCCCAUACCACCGUUCCAGAUCUCCAGGGCCUCAAUCUCAUCAUCCUUUCUGGGAGAAGACAGAGGAACCCUAGCCUUUCGCCCGUCCGAGGCAAUGAUGGGGACACAGUAAUGCAGGUUCCCCCCCUACCCAUUCUCCCUAGCGUGCCAGCUUUCAUUGGAUUACCACACAACGCCCCACUGCCCUUUGGCGCAAAUGUUGCCUUUAUGUGGUCUCCCUCCGGUAAUACCUUUAGUCAUGUCCUUCUGCAAGGUAAUACAACUGUGCUGCCUUACCUGAUGGCGCCUGCCGGACCAACUCCUAGUGCCCUGUUGCCUUGGCCAGUAGCUACAACACUGCCUACCUCGAACAUAGAUAUGCUUCCACCCUCUCUCGCUACUCUAAGGGGGUCGACCUCAGCGUCGAGGAUCUCGACUACAAUCGAGAUGCAGCCUGAUUCCCCACCCCCGACUCCCAUGCAGCCAACCCUCAUGUCCCGCAUGACUGAUCAGUUAUCAGUGAGACUGAGCAACCCAAGUACCCCAACUACACUGGUUGCAAGGCUAACAGAUCCUGACGAGUUAUCGUUGGCUAACCGUCUCGGAGCCUCGGAUCUCAUGACGGACCGUUCAUGGCAAGGGACUCUGCCACAUCGGAACGCUCCCCCCCUGGUUCAGAAGCAAGGCAAUUCACCUUGCACCCAAGAACCCGUGGAUGAUGAUCAGGCCGAUCCAGGAGAUGAGGGGGAAGGCGAGUACAAACACAUGAAGAGGGGACGACGUAGUGGUCAGAAGAUUCAAGGUUACCAGAGACACGACGAGGGGUGCAAGGAACGAUCAUUACAAACAAAGCACUUGCAAACUUACACAUUAACUUACAUGUGGAGCAAGUCAACGUUAUCAUAUACGGCUAUGCAGCCUAGCGCCUCCCCUCUGGGAUACCAGAGCCCCACGCUGGGUGACAGCAUCCCCUGUCCUGGGUCACUGGACCACAGAAGAGCGGCCACGAUGCCCGUGACCGCUCCACAUGCUCUCUCACACAUUCCUCGUAUCUUCUCUGCCACCUUAACUCGUCUACGCCUUCAUCAAGGAGCCAAGAACGACGAUGCGGUUUCACACCUCCUGGUGGUCCCUGUCUUGUGCUAUUGGGCCACCAUCUAUCCAAUGAUUCCUUGA